AUAUUUGUUGUCGAUAAAUAUCCCUAUAAAAGCAAAAUUUGAUCUCGCAAAUCUUCAGUUCUUAUUUGUUCGUUCUCAAGUUUCACACAAACUUUAAAAUCAUAAAAAUGGCACGUUUUAUUGCUAUAAUUUUUCUGUUCUCGACUUUAUCAACUGUCACACCAAUGCCCGAAGUUAAAUUUUAUUCCUUUACAUCUGAUGGCAAAGAAGAAGUUGACCUCGAUUUACCAUUAGCAACCCCGUAUAUAUUAACACCAACCCACGGCGUUAAAAUUCUCUGUCAUGGCUGGAACGGUGAUGUUUCUACAGAAUGGUACACCAACGCAUCUGAAGCAUAUUUGCAUUCGGGUGAAAAGAAUGUAAUAGCAAUUGAUUGGGGAUUCUACGCAAACCAAAAGUACCCAGAGGCAGUUGAAGAUGUCUUCAACGUUGGAAAAUUCGUAGGUGAAAAAGUACUAGCGCUUCAUCAAGCCACUGAAAUACCAUUAGAUCAAUUCCAUCUUAUCGGACACUCACUCGGAGCUCACGUUAUGGGUAUGGUAGGACAGUAUAUUGUCAAGAAUAGUGGUAAAAAGGUGGGACGCAUUACUGGGUUAGAUCCGGCAGGUCCUUUAUUUGAUCGUGAAGACAAUGAAUAUCGUCUUAGUGCUGAUGAUGCUUACUUUGUUGACGCUAUCCAUACAAAUACUAUAUUUUUGGGAUAUAAAUCUGCUAUAGGACAUGUGGAUUUCUGGCCGAAUGGUGGUAGGGAUCAAACUGGAUGCAAUGGUGACCUGAGUUGCAGUCAUAAUAUUGCUCCGCAGUUUUUCGCUGAAUCCAUAAACUCGACUAAUUUUCCGGCAUGGUAUUGUGAUUCGGAUGAAUUGUUUAGAGCUGGAGAAUGUUUUGAUAACCUUAUGAUUUAUAUGGGUGAUUUGACUCCUAGUAAUAUAAGAGGUGAAUUUUUCUUGAGCACUAAUGCAGACUCGCCGUAUGGAAAACAAUUAGAAGAUUAUGAAAGGCCGUAAAUUUUAAUUCUAAGUCAAUUGUAAUUUUAUAAAUUAUAAUUUAUUUUUAUACUAACCCUAAAUUUAUUUAAUAAAAACUAAUGUACAUUGUAA